AUGGCAGCCGUCUACGGUGACGGGCCACCACCGCCACCUCCACCUCCGCCCCCUGUCCCUGGUCCAGGCGGACCCGCGCCCGGUUUCGGGGCCCGCCCACCACAACAAGGAGGCGGAGCAGCAACAGGCAUGCAUGGCGGCCCUGGCGGUCCCGGUGGGGGUAUGCCUGGCCGUCCGUUCGGGGGUGCAGGUGGCAUGCCACCAGGAGGCGGACCAGGAGGCCCCGGAGGCCCUGGAGGUCUAGGAGGAGGAUCAGUAGGACUGCCCCAAGGCCGGCCGGACGCCAACACUCGCCGGCCGAUGGACCACCAGCUGGCCGGCAACGCGACGGGCCCGGUCAGCCUCAGCUUCCACGGUUGGUCGUUCCGCAAGGACCGCGAGCCGGGCGUCGAGGCGUCGUGGGCGCGCGCACGCAAGACGGCGCUCCCGUACUCGGGCGACGUGCUGCAGCGCAUGGUGAACCGAACGACCUCUCCGUCGGGCUCGUCGUCGAGCAAGAAGGGGAAGGGGAUGACGGUGUACGAGCAGUACAACUCGCUGCGAUCGCCGCACCAGCGGGCCCUCAUCGACGGCCUGCUCGAGGCCGUCAAAGGCGAGGAGCGCAAUCCGAACGCCGAGUGGAGUCUGGCGUGCAUCGAGCAGGAGGUCGCCGAGUACAUCCGCAAGGGCUUCGGCAAGGUGCGCGAGGUGCGCGAGAUGCGCGUCGUGCUGAGGAGGGGGGGCAGGAAGGACAUGCCCGCCGCCGGGCCGCUUGCUGGAGACGGCUUGCCUGGCGAAAUCGUCGACUUGAUUCACGGGCAAGGGCAGGGGCCUCAUCGGUCUUCACAGCCUUCACAGCCUUCACAGCAACAGCAGCCGAUUGGGAUGGGCAUGGGCAUGGGCAUGGGCCGCGGUGCUGCUCCUGGAGGCGGAAUGCCGUUCGGCGCUGCCGGUGGUGGCGGUGGAGCAGGUGGUCCUGGACCUUUUGCAGCUGGUGGUGCGCCGGGAGGGGUUGCUGGGGGACCGGGUCCGAUGGCCGGUGGGUUCGGACGCGGGGCUGCCAUGAAUCCUGGAGGGCCUCCUGGUGGUGGUGCAUUCCAUGGUGGUGGCGGAGGUGGCGGCGGGCUUCCUGCGAUGGGACCCAACAUCAACAUGGCGCCUCCACCUCCACCUCCACAGCCAGUCCCUCCCAUGGGCCCCCCUAGAGGCGGCGGUUUCGAUGGGAACGUUCAUGCUGGUCAUGAUCCCUAUAAAGGUCAGAAAGCAGGGAAAGGGCCCAAAUCGCCACGUAUCAUUCCCGAGAGCGACUUCUCUGACGAAUUCGACGACUUGGACAUGCGUCCGGAAGUGGUCUACACCAAGCCGCACAAGGCCGGUAAGGGUAAGAAAGGUGUCACCAUUCCUCGUCCUCCGUUCCCCCCGAGCCGCAGCCGCUCAAGAGAGGGGGCAGGGAAGUCGCCCAAGAACCGCGAGCCCGAGCUUCACCGUGUCCCGACCAUCAUCAACAACACGAUCAAAAUCCCGCGGGCGCACAAGGGGGACCGCUUACGCAAAAUCCACAGCCGUCCAAAGUACGAACACCACUACAACAGCAGUAGCGACGAAGACCACUACAUCCUCACCCCCCGUAGCAGCGACGAUGAGACGUGGUCAACAUCGCGGUCCUCUACGUCGGGCUCGUCACCUGGACGUUACCGCCGAUCCCGCAGCAAGGAAAGGCACGGCUACCCUCCCAUCAGGACGAUGCGGGAGCACAAAAAGCCAGCCCCACAGCCUCGGUCUAUCCUGCGGGAGCACCAUCGGCCAUCCGGGAACCACCUGGUGGAUGCUGAAGGGUACUAUGAGCACGGCGGGUACGAUGUCAUGGAGCAUCGUCUUGAGGAUCACCGGCGGUACCGUCCUACGGCCCGCGCUCUACCGUCGAGAGACUACAUGGCGUACAGUCCACCGAGGAGAGGGUACCAUGAGAGGUCUCGGUCGCGGGAGAGGGCGAGACUGCCGCCAGCGCCAGAGGUGAGCACGUAUGACCCUCCGUGGAGAAGAGCAGCGGCGGCAAGACGAAUAGAAGAAGAGGAAUGGCGCGAGAGGGAGGAGGCAGCGCAGGCAGACUUGGAGAUGCACAUGCGGAGGGAGAGAGUCCGAAACUUGGAGGCGGCGGCGGAUGAGGUGAGGGGAAGGAGGUAUGGGCGGAGAGGUGAUUGGUGGCCGUGA